UGACACCUCAGCAGAAUACCGGUGUGAGCUGUAUGUUGUGUGGCUUGCUCGCUCCCGCGCCCCGCCUUGUGUCAUUGUGUGUGCACUCUGCUCCUCGACUAUUGUCACCGUGUGUCCGCUCCUUACUGCCAGCCAUGAAGCCGUUUGUAGUGUUUGUGUUGGGUGGCCCUGGAGCAGGAAAAGGCACCCAGUGUGAGAGAAUCGUAGAGAAGUAUGGCUAUACCCACCUAUCAGCUGGGGACUUGCUGCGAGAUGAGAGGAAGAAGCCGGACUCUCAGUACGGGGAGCUCAUAGAGACCUAUAUCAAGGAUGGGAAGAUUGUGCCAGUUGAGAUUACGAUCAGUCUGCUGCAGCGGGCAAUGGAGCAAACCAUGGCAACGGGCUCAAACAAAAACAAGUUCCUGAUCGACGGGUUUCCUAGGAAUGAGGACAACUUGCUUGGCUGGAACAAGACUAUGAACGGAAAGGCAGAAGUGUCUUUUGUGCUUUUCUUUGAUUGUGACAAUGAGACCUGUAUCGAUCGUUGUCUUGAGCGAGGGAAGAGCAGCGGGAGAAGUGAUGAUAACAGGGAGAGCUUAGAGAAGAGAAUUCAGACUUACCUCCAGUCUACCCGGCCCAUUAUUGACCUGUACGAGCAAACGGGAAAAGUCCGGAAAGUAGACGCCUCCAAAUCCGUGGAUCAGGUUUUUGUUGAGGUUCAGAAACUCUUUGACCAAGAAGGCUAGCACGACCCAUCCAACUAUGCUUGAACUUAUCUAAUUUUCUCUAAUUACUUUAUAUUUUUUCCACUUUUUUAAAUAUAAAACUGUAUAGUUUUGGGUAAUAUUUUAUGGUAAAAUCAGUUUCUUUUUUUCUUAUGUUUUCUGCAUAGUCAUCUAUACAGAAUGGGAUUGUACUGUACUGACGUGCAGCUGUGACCUUCAUAUCAGUACAUUCACCUACAUUUAGUGAGCAGGAGCAAAAUACUCUUUAUAUUCGUCCUCAACCCCAUCAUAUAAUAUUCUUGUAGCUAAGGGGUUAAGCUAUGUACGAGUGUGUGUUUAAUUGGAUAUGAUGUGAAUUCUGUCCUUUUUUUUUAAGUGUUUUUUGUAAAACACCUAGAUUACCUCUGCUAUACCUCACCACCCACAGUGGCUUUAUUGGAUAGACACAUGGGCUUUUAAGGCAGCGGUUUCAUAAGGUUAUAGCCAGCACCAUUGUUUAAUUUGGUCAGUUCAUUGCAUUAUCUUUUUCCAGCUCCUGCAAUCUGUACAGUACCAGUAUUUUACUCUAUAAGUAAUAUACUAAGGAUUAAAGUUUAAUUCCUGACUGGCAGACACAAUACAUUUCAGCUAAGCAGUUUACCCCUCUUUAACAAACCACUAUUUUGAAAUAUAUUUUAAUAUGUAUUGCUAAACGUGGUUUAAAUGUUGUUAAAUACAUAAAAAAGACAUGUUUAUGAAAUGAAAAUAAAUAAUAAUCUCUAACUCAUGAGAUUGCUUGCAGGAUGUGACUAUUAAUCAGUCUAUAAAUAUAAAAAUUAAUUUAUGAACCAUUAAAAGUCAACACCACUUAAGGGAAAAUUAUGCAAGCAAAGAGAUUUAUAUAAAAUGUGUCAGAAUUUCCAGACAAUUUGUCAUUUGUGCACUGAGAUGAACAUUUGGAGAUUUUCACAGCUGUAGGAUGCACCUCCAGACUCUGUUGAUUUGCUGGGAGGACAAGUCUAAUUUUAACAUAUUUGCUUUGUCUGGCUAAGUUCUUGAAACCGUUUGUUACACCCGAAUGCUGCACUGUUCUCUGUACUGAACUUCCAUGAUUCACACACUAUGAGCGAAAUGUAUACAAACCGGAGAAUCCACAAAGAAAACUCAAAUAGAAACUUUUCUUUUUAAGCAAUGCUGUUCCUUCUCUUCUGUAAGACCUCAUGCCCCCCUCCAUUUAUGGAACUGUCAAUAAAUAGAAAUAUAGUAAACCGCAUUUGGUACAUUAUAGAUCUGUUCUGUUUGCCGUUUGCUUCUCUGCGUUGUUGUAACUGGAACAUGCCUAACAGCCCCACUGGCUGCUAAGUUCGCUACAAAGUCUCUCCGAUUUCACCAGUUUCAUUUGUUAUAGUCUUUAGUAAACUGACCUCCUUAUAAUCUGAAAACUAGAAUCUGCUGGAGAGGCUGAUGAGUUCAAUCUGAAUCAUUAGAGCUUGUAACUUCUGCAUUAGUGACCCUUCUUACUAUGUUUUUAACCCCAAGUUAGGUCAGUGCUCCAAUGUCACAUACAAAUUACUGUCCCUUUAAUGCCCAUGGGUUGCAAUACUAGCGUCACCGAGCAGGACCUUUAUCACCCUUGUGAGGGUUAGUAGUGCACAAAUGACAAUUACUCCUGGCAGGUAAUAUUUAGAUUCUCUUUCCUUCUCAAAAUAUGUUACUGCAGUUUGAUUAUUUUUUUUGUAGCUCCUCAGCAUUUGCGUUUCAUGCUAGUUUAUAUUAUAAUUGUCUUCGCAAUAACGUGAGCACAAGGUCAUUUUGUUAAAUCACUAAAUUACAUAGUUUCGGCUAAAUAUGUAACUGUUAGAUUCUAUAUAAUCUCCAGCACCAAAACCCUUGUCACAAGUGCUGCUUUAGAAGUGUAAAAUGUAGACACUUGAAAUUAAGAAUAGCCUGAGAUGUAAUAAUACUACACUGGCUGGGGCAGUAUUGCUUGGUUCAAAUUUUGAUAAUUGAUUCUGGUGGUUUCUAUUAAAUUCAAAUGAGUGAAGUCCUGCACAGAAAAGCUUUAUAUUAUUUCUUAUUGUCAGUGGUGUGGAACAGAUUAGGGGUAAACCAUCUGAAAAUUGUAAGCUGUGGCUCUCUGUGUAUACUUAAAGAAGCCACACUAGAAUUAUCCAGACAGUUUUGGCGGCUGUCCUUUGAUCUGUCACUGACAAACUGGGGGAUAAUACUGGCAAUGUAAUGGUUAUCUUUAUCUGUCCUGUCUCUGGAUGUUCCGUUUAUUGAGAUUUGGAGUAUAUGAAGGUAUUCCUGUUCAUUUUUUUUUUUUUUUCAGUAAAAAAAAAUAUGAACAAA